CUGUAAUCUUAAAUUUGAUACAUUCUGUUUAUGGUUACAGUUCUUUCUGAAAUCAUCUUUCGCAAGAUAAUAACAGCUUUAUCAAAUUGAUGACCCAAAUAUCCUCAUAAAAACCUUGGGCUAUGGAUGAAGUAGAUUCGCCUUUCCUUAAGAAGAAGAAAUCCAUGCAGAAAAAGUCAGAUACAAUAUUUCAGUCCGAAUUACAAAUGAAACUUCAGCAGCGCAGAAAAGAUGGACUGACUUAUGGACUGACCAGUGAGGAGAGUGAUAGUCUUGUAGACGAUGAUGAUGGAGAUAGUGAUGAAGAAAUUCUAGCCCAACACAGAAGAAACUUAUCAAACCAGAAGCACUCUAACCGUCCAAGCUCAGCAAAAAGGAGAACCCCUACCUUUCAAGACACUAGUGAUAUGAGCCUAGGUGAUACCAUUAGGCCUGUGCAAGGCGGAAACAGAUUUAUGAAGCAAAGAGGGCAACAGGGUCAAAAAGAGAGUAUCCCUCCCCUGAGCAUGGGUGGUAAAGGAGGAAGAACCUCUCCUGGGAUGCCCUCUCUGACAUCUCCAAAACUCUCUCCAAAAGACAGCAAAAGUCUCAGUGAUGCAUUAGGUGGGAAAAGGACACCCAGUCCUAAGUAUCCCAACCAAUCCAUGUCUCAGGAAGAUAUCAUUUUUGGCAGAAAAACACCUACAAAUGAUCCAAGACGUCAGAGUCCAACAGAUAACAAACCAUGGCAACCACCCAACUUUCGUAAGAGCCCUUCCACUGAGCAGCUGGACAACAGAGCCCCAUCUCCUGGACCUGGUGUUCAAGGCAGAAGAACUCCACAAGAUUCAUUUCUACAAAGCAUUGACGAGAAUGGGAAAACGCCCAGAAAGGAUAGAUUUCCUAGUCCAAAAGACCGCAGUCCAAAGGGAGGUCUUGCUAGUCCCAAGGAUCGAUUUUCCAAGUCUGACAGAAAAUCUCCAAAGAGUCUAUCUAUAGACGAUUCACCUAGACUUGAUGAUGUACCCAAGCCUAGACCUAGACACAAAACAGACAUAUUUGGUAAAACAGACCAAGUGGAUGUAGACUUAGAGACGGAUUCUCCCUCCGCUCAUAGGUUUCACAGGGCGGGCCCAGGUGGAAGAAAAACUCCUACACAGACUGGAAGAAAAACUCCAACAAACUUAGAUGGCAGGAAGACACCUACCAAUUUGGAUGGAAGGAAAACACCAACAGAUAAGCCAUCCUCAAGAAAAAGAGGGGAGAAAGAAACAAAACAUGAACCUGUCAAAAGAGAGGCAUCUCUCCUUGAUUUUCUUUCAGAAGAUACUACAAGAAAGAAGAAAGAGGAACCCAAGAGGAAGUUGCUCGUCCAGGAUCCACAGGAGUCCCAGGAGAGGGAGGAAAGCAUCAGGGAUGAUAUCCUAGGGGACAAAAUAAACCGGGCCAAGCAGAGGCAAAAUAAUCGGGACGGCAGCAAUGGGGACACGAAAACUGACUCAAGGAAACAAAGAGACGAGGACAAGGUUAUCCCCGACGACAGUUCAUUGUGCGAAGAGUUCGAUAAAGACCCUCUAGGAAGAUCGUUUGCCGAGCCUGUGAAAGAGGCAAAACCAGGUAGAGGCCCAACAGAGAGUAAGAAGUCAGAUGACAUCAUAAACAAAGUCGCUCGGGAACAAAACAAGCCAGACACAGGAACCAUCAAGUCAGAGAAAUCUCUCAAAAAGGGUGAGAAAGAACACCGCCCAAAGCCCAGAUACACUAUUCCUGGGACCCCGACUAGUCAAGGCACCCUGUCAGAAAUGUCCUUCAACGACACCAUGUCCAUCCGUCAGGCUGUGUACGAAGAAUGGAGGAAGGAGAAACUGAAAUCAGCAAGGAAGGAGAAAAAAGAGCAGGAAUUGAAGAAACAGGAAGAAGAGAAGAAGAAAGAGGAAGCCAAAAAAGAAAAACUGUUAGAAAAUGAAAGUACAUUCAGGACAUGGAAAGAAUCCAAAGAGGAGACUUUUGUGAAAAAGAUUAAGGAAGAGAAGAGGAAAGAAAGGGAAAAGAAGGAGAAAGAGGAGAAAGAUAAACAACAAAAGAUCAGAGAAGCUGAAAAGACGUUCAAAAUAUGGAAGGAGGAGAAAGAUAUUGAAAUAAAGGAGAAAUUGAAAAAGAAGAGAGAAGAGGAGAGAGAGAAAAAGGAUGCAGAGGACGAAGUUAAGAGAGCUAAAGAAAGGGAAAAUCAGACUGCUUUAAGAGGAUGGAAUAACAAAAAAGAACAAGUCUUAAAGGAAAAAGAAAAGGAAGAAAGAAAGAAAAAAAUGGCCACUCUCAAGGAACAAGAGGAUCUGAAAAAGCAGCAAGAGAAAGAGGCAGAAAAACUGUACCACGAUUGGCUGCAUAGAAAGGAAGUACACAAAAAGAAAGAGAAAAGCAGAAGAUAUGGCUCUACAGAAAGCAUUGAAUUCCGCCCUGCAUGGAGCCCGGCCAUGGCGGUAUCACUAGCGUGUAGGGAUGGCUGGGUCAAACACGGGAACUACUGUUUCCUGUUCAGUCACAACAAAGUCCACUGGGCCGAGGCCGCGGAAAUAUGUCGCGCCUUCAACUCAUGGCUGGCUGAACCGACAACGCACGACAUCGAUAAUUUCAUCGUCAGUAAAACAAGAGCUACAAGUCCUAAGAGAGUAUACUGGCUGGGUGGAUCCGACCUGCAGAAAGAGGGGACCUUCCAGUGGCUGUCCUCGGGGAACCCGUUCUCUUACACUAACUGGAUUCCCGGUGACCCAAACAACGCCAACGCGGGGGAGGACUGUCUGAUCGCCAACUGGUCGGGUGACGGCAAGUGGGCGGACGCCGAUUGUGAGUGGGUGGAGUACUACAUCUGUCAGAACGAGUAA